ACGUGUGCGAACGUACGCGUGACGUCACAGGAGGCCGAAUAGCGAGGCGUAGGGAGCCGGGACUAGGCAGCAGUGGGGAGCCGGGACUAGGGAGCAGCAGGGAGCCGGAGUGCAUGUGGAACGAGUAAUGAAGCUGCUGCCGGCGGACGUAGACAGUUUUGGAAGCAGCACCAAGCUGCAGGGCAUGGACUUCUGGAAAAACACCCUGCGGGGUGCUCGCUUUGUCCUGGCCCCUAUGGUGGAUCAGAGUGAGCUAGCAUGGAGGCUGCUGAGUCGGCGACAUGGAGUCCAGCUGUGCUAUACCCCCAUGCUGCAUGCUCAGGUGUUUGUCCGGGAUGCCAACUACCGCAAGGAAAACCUCUACUGCGAGGUGUGCUCAGAGGAUCGGCCUCUUAUCGUACAGUUUUGUGCAAAUGACCCAGAAGUGUUUGUUCAGGCGGCUUUAUUGGCUCAGGAUUAUUGUGAUGCCAUCGACUUGAAUCUGGGCUGCCCUCAAAUGAUUGCCAAGAGAGGUCAUUAUGGGGCUUUUCUACAGGACGAAUGGGAUCUUCUGGAAAAGAUGGUUCAACUUGCCCACCAGAAACUUUCAGUUCCAGUCACCUGCAAAAUCCGGGUUUUCCCGGAAAUUGAAAAAACUGUGGAAUAUGCCAAAAUGUUGGAGAAGGCUGGCUGUCAGCUGCUCACUGUUCAUGGCCGCACAAAAGAGCAAAAAGGUCCUCUAACCGGUAUUGCUUCCUGGGAACACAUCAAGGCUGUAAGGAAUGCUGUGAACAUCCCUGUUUUUGCAAAUGGAAACAUCCAGUACCUUAAUGAUGCGGAAAGGUGUAUGCGGGAAACAGCAGUGCAGGGUGUAAUGAGCGCAGAGGGAAACCUUCACAAUCCAGCCUUGUUUGAAGGGAGGAAUCCUGUAGUUUGGGAAAUGGCAGAGGAAUAUUUAGAUUUAGUACGCCAGUUUCCCUGUUCCUUAUCGUUUGUGCGAGCUCAUCUGUUCAAGCUCUGGCAUCACACAUUGCAGGUUCAUCAGGAGCUUCGUGAAGAAUUGGCAAAGGUUAAAACACUUGAAGGUGUCAUGGCAGUCAACCGGGAAUUGAAGCAAAGGUGCCAGGAAGAAGCACAUAAUCAUAAUGUUGGAGAGGUAGCGACUGGGGAUUUGCCAUUGCCACACUGGAUCUGCCAGCCUUAUGUUCGCCCACUACCAAAGGAUCCUGGUAAAGAGGAGAGUGGAGUUCGAGGGAAGCGUGCACUCGAGGAGGAGGAAGACACAAACACAGAACUUCUGUCAAAAAACAAGCAGAAGAAGAAGCUGCGCAAUCCAAACAAAUGCUUUGACCCAUCCAUAAAACCUAAAUAUGCAAAAUGUGAACAGUGUGGAAACCCAAAGGGCAACAAGUGUGUUUUCCAUCUGUGUCGCAGCUGCUGCAAGAAGAAAGCAUUCAGGGAGUUAGCAGACUGUGCAGGUCACGGACUGUUUUUUAAAACCAAAUAUGAGAAAUCCCUUCAGUGUAAGAGUGUCCAGAAUGUGGAAGUUUCUGGAACAGAUAUAACAGAGCCGAAAAUCCUUCAGCCGCCCCCAGAGAUCAAAGCUUAAAUGCCAUGGACCAAUGAAUGCCGUUGGCUGCUGACAGUGGGAUUCUCUCCUGCUGCCUACUCAGGGAGAAGUUCUGGGUUUACCAAAUGUGUCCUGAAUUUGGGGGCCACAGAGAUGCAGGGCAUGGUACAUUACUUUUGCACUUGAGACUUUUAAUAUUUUUAAGCUUUAAAGAAUCUUUUGACUAGAGGGAAAUUGUUUUUCCUUUUUUUAAAUCUGCUGGAACACGAGGAGUGGUGUUGCUCUUUUCAUAUGAAUGGUAUCUAGUAUGCGGCCUUUUAUGUGUUGUUUACAUACAAUUCAAGUGACCCUCUGUCAGUUAUAGUAGAGGACGAUGGGUGCUAAUGAGCAAAAGAACUAUAGCACCCUGAUGAUCAUAAGGCAAGCGAAUGGUGCUGUAUUAGCUCCAAAAUAUCCGGCAUGUUUCAGGCCUAGCUGGUUAGCAUUCUACAAUUUGGCCUUUGGUGAUUUCAUUUUGGGUCCUGUAUUCUGGAGGCACCAUUACUCCAACUGGUGCUACACUGGUAAAAUCACUCCAUCCAAGGACUAUUUAAUAGAGAAUGAAGAUGACUGCACAGAUGAAAGGACAUAUUGAGCAUUAGUUGUUCUGCUUUUAAUAACUAGCCAGCAUUCUCAGCUAACUGGAUGAAGGGACUAGUGUUUUAAUUGAAUAUUGGUUGUAUGUUUUAAUUGGCUAAUGUAUCUUUACAAAUAAAGUUUUUUGCUACUUUUCCUGGAUUGGCACAGGGAAAAUUGUGGCUGCUUUUAUUUUAGGUUUUAUUUGACAUUGUUUUAGGCAAGUUCCAUCUGGAAUCCUAUACUCCUGCCCUGUGUUGGGCUGACCAACAUAGGCAGCAAAAAUACACAGGCGUUAUUCAGCCCUGUGUACUUAUGGGGGUGCUGUUAUACCUACAUGUACAGUAUAUAUUAGUAGGUACAGAAUUGCCCUUCCUAUAUAUGUUAACACACAAGGGUUUGGAAGUAUACUCAUUUAUUAUUAGGGCAUUUCCUCAGAGAAUUAUUGUCCAACCCGAUUAAAUAAUGGGGUGGCCCAUGGCCUAGCAGUGCACCCAUAGAAAGUAACUGUAUGCUACUUAACAGCCAUGACAUUUAUUUAAACAUGCCUAUUAAGCUUUACAGUCUGAUUCAAAAUCUGAUUCUUACAUUUUAUUUCCAUACACACAAAUGCAUUGGGAACACUGCACAUUCUAUUCCAAAUCCAAACAUGAAGAAAAUUUUAUCAAAUUUGUGUUAUUCCAUUACAGAAAGUGAAGAAAAGGGAAUAUUAGGCUGAUCAAAAAAAAUUGUGUCUGCAUUUUUCGUUUGCUUUUCUUUGAAUCACUGAACUAAAUAGUUGUACAACUGUUUCUGAGAACUGCUGCACAUCUGUGUUGCAAAGAGUUGGCCAACUUCUGGCACCUAUGAGCAGGUAUUCCAGCCCAGGAUGAUUGGACUACAUUCCACAGUUCUUCUGUAUUUCUUGGUUUUGCCUCAGAAACACAUUUUUUAUGUCGCCCCACAUUUUGUAUUGGAUUACAGUCUGGGUAUUGGGCUGGCCACUCCAUAACAUCAAUCUUGUUGGUCUGGAACCAAGGUGUUGCUCCUUUACUGGUGUGUUUGGGGUCAUUAUUGUUGAAACACCCAUUUCAAGUGCAUUACUUAUGUAAUCUUCUUGGAGCUGAUCAUUGGCUGAGUCUCUGCCAUUUUGGCUAUUCUUCUAUCCAUUUGAACGGUAGUUUUACAUUGAAUGCUGUUCUUCUGAACAAUGUCUGGAACAACCCAUU